CCUUACUCGCGAAGCAAAGCAUAUUUCUGAAAUCUCCCAAAAAACCAGAACCGGAAAGCGAGCAGCACAGAGAUCCGAUGGCAUUGGAGUGGGUUGUCCUUGGCUACGCCGCCGCCGCGGAGGCGAUCAUGGUGCUCCUUCUCACGAUCCCCGGCCUCGACGGCCUCCGCAAAGGCCUCGUCACCGUCACCCGUAAUCUCCUCAAACCGUUUCUGUCGGUGGUGCCGUUCUGCCUUUUCUUGCUCAUGGACAUCUACUGGAAGUACGAGACUCGCCCGAGCUGCGAUGGAGACUCCUGCACUCCCUCGGAGUACCUCCGCCACCAGAAGUCGAUCAUGAAGAGCCAGCGCAACGCGCUCUUGAUCGCCGCCGCACUGAUCUUCUACUGGCUCCUCUACACCGUCACCCACCUCGUCGUCCGCAUCGAGCAGCUGAACCAGCGCGUGGAGCGCUUGAAGAAUCGCGACUGAUUCCACUCGGUUUGCAUUUCGAUUUCCAAGCUUUUAGCUUAUUUUGUGUUUCGAUGAUUGAUUAUUUGGAUUUCGUUUAUAUCGGAUUUCGGAAUUUCUGUGUUUAAUCUGGCACUUGGAAAUUACUAAUCCAUCUGUGAAUUUCUGGGUGUUGCUAGUACGAUUAUCUGAUAUCAAUAUUUGAGUCGUCUUCAUCUA